AUGCCGAACUUGGUAGCUAGCCCUGAGUUUUAUGAUGAUGAAGCAGUGGGGCCGUUUCCAGCACGCUUUGACUUCUGGUUUCCUGUCGUCAAGGCUGGCCGCAGGCGCUCGUGUUCUCCGUUGUGUUCGCGUCUUAUUGGCAAGCCUUGGCUGGGUGCUGCAGCAGUGACUCAAAUAUCUUCACCUUGUUUCCUCUUCCCAGUGUUAUACUUCGUUCCUGAAGUGAUAGACAAUAACCUGCGAUAUUGUUUGCCCUGUGCGCAGCAGCCCAAUAACUGCGGGGGCGCCGACGACGGGGGUGAAGGUGCAAAGAACUCGGGACAGCAAUCACAAGAUCAGGACGGGACCUCAACAUCUGAUGGAAGAAGAGUAGAUGGAGCAGCCGUGGCUGAGGGCCAGCGUCCGCCCCUUCCCCCUUACAGAUAUCCACCUCUCUACGGAGCAGGCGGUCCUGGUGGGCCUGAAGAAAGGAGAAGGGAACGAAGGGGGCCCCGAAGGGGGCCCCGCGAUAGGGACCCAUCGCCUCAUGGGCACAGAAAUGCAGGGGAGGAAGCCGGGCCUAGUCAUCAACCUGCACAUGGGCCUUCAUCACCUGCUGGAGCGGAAGGCGGUGGGGAUGCUGCCGACGACAGUGGGCGCAGAUUGGAUGACCCGCUUGAACCGCCACCCCCUUACGAGCCACCGGAACCUUGGAGGUUUCCAAUAGGUUUCCCGGACGAACCUCCACCUCCUUACGAGCCCCCAGAUGCUGGGGGCAGGAGGAGACGCAGAGAACACCGAGAUGAUCAGCCGGGACCAUCUCAGGAUACAAGAAGAUUUGGGCUUGGUGCAAUGUUCAGGCGACCGGUGUACGAAUUCCCACGCAUCAAGGAUCCACGGGCAAGAGAUGAUCUGAAUAACAUCAUGGUAUUUUUAAAAGACUUAAAACAUCCACAUCAUGGCCAUCGUCGGGGGAUGUUCACGGUUCUCUUUGGCGAUUUCUCCUUUACAGUUAAAGUCUGGGAGAGGAACUUGAACAAUAUUGGGGGGGAUCUCGAGGACCAACUUUUAGAGUUGGUUGAGGAAUUCGGCCGGCAACCGGGAUUCGUUACUCGCAGAGUUAACUUCGUCACGGAAGUUGACGGCGAAACGUUGGGUGAUGUUGGCAUGCAGAUCGAUGGUGAGUCUAGGCCCCGCCUUGAAUACCAGCGAAUGCAGAAUGAGGGACCCCGGGGAUGGCAUGUCAUAGCGCACAACCCAACCGCACGUACUCGACAGUGUACAGGGGAAGAGAAAACGUUCAGGGUAGAUAAGGGGGCGAAGAAGGAUGGGAUUCGCACUGUUCCUCUACGACUGCAGUUCUAG